CGGGCGCAAUGAGACCAGGAGCGCGCAGACGCGCGGCGCGCCCGUGACAGCAGCACGGCUCUCACUUUUGACAUUUUUGUUCCACUUCCUUCUGGCGUAAAAUGUCAUGAAUUCGGCAUCUCGAUACAAUUCACUCAUUUUUCUUUCCUUGCACCAGGGAAUGCCAACAUGCGUGAAGGAUUUUCGUGGGGGCUAGGGAACGAAUAACUUUGCCAACAUGCACGACUGGACGCUGACGCGUAACCGACAGUCCUAUGGAAUAUAGCUUGCUUUGCCACAGUUCCUACGUUUCGUUUCAGCCGGUGAAGAAUAAACUUUUAGUUUACUGCAUCAUGCUGUCACUUUGGGCGUACAUGCUUUACUGCUGCAUUGGUUACUGCUCUACUAUGCCGAGCUUCAUGAUGGAGUCCACUGGGAAGGGGACCGAGCCGGAGGCUGAACUGCUCAUGAAGACGCAAGCCGGCCACCGCGGCACCGUGACGGAACCGGACCGCCGCGGACCCAAAGCACUAUCGAGGGACCUGUUAAAUAACGUCAACGAAGCGGACAGCAGAGCCGAAGACUGGGAUGAAAGCAAGGGGGAGCAGAGAACCUCGGAAGAGAGCACCGCGACAGGUGUCGUCAACGGGUCGGAGACGAAAAAGUUACCCCAGGCUAUUAUCAUAGGGGUAAAGAAGGGGGGCACACGGGCCCUGCUGGAGUUUCUCCGCGUGCAUCCGGACAUUCGGGCCGUAGGGGCAGAGCCGCACUUUUUCGAUCGUAACUACGAAAAGGGACUUGAAUGGUACAGAGAGCUGAUGCCCAAGACUCUAGAGGGGCAGAUCACCAUGGAAAAGACGCCCAGCUACUUUGUCACCAAGGAGGUCCCGGGCCGCAUCCACGCCAUGUCGAAGGACACCAAACUGAUUGUGGUGGUGCGUGACCCCGUGACGCGUGCCGUCUCCGACUACACCCAGACGCGCUCGAAGAAGCCCGACAUCCCGUCCUUUGAGAGCCUGGCGUUCAAGAACGCGACGGCAGGCCUGAUCGACGCCACAUGGAGCGCCGUGCAGAUCGGCAUGUAUGCCCGCCACCUGGAACGCUGGCUCCUUUUCUUCCCCGUUGGCCACAUGCUCUUCGUGAGCGGCGAGCAACUGAUCAGCGACCCCGCCGGCGAGAUGGCCCGCGUACAGGAAUUUCUGGGCCUCAGGAGGGUGGUGGUAGAGGAACACUUCCAUUUCAACCCGGCAAAGGGCUUCCCCUGCCUGAAAAAGCCAGCGAGCAACAGCAAGCCCCACUGCCUGGGCAAAACCAAGGGGCGUACCCACCCAAACAUCCACCCCGAUGUCAUUCAGCGGUUGCGAGACUUCUACAGGCCAUUCAACAAAAAGUUUUACCACAUGACUGGACAAGACUUUGGCUGGGAUUGAUAAGCCUGGUGAAAGCAGUUUCCUUAAAAAAAAGAGGUUUCUAUCUGUGUAAAAAAUACAGAGGUCUAUUUUAUGAUAAUUUAUUGCAACUAAUUCACUCUGAUGCCUAUCCGUUGUUGUACAUAUUGGAUGCCCUAACUUUUUACAUUCCGAUUUUUAUGUAAAUAGGUGAUCUUAUUAUUUAAUAGGCUUGAGCAUUUGUGCAACCAAAUGGAAAAUGUAGUGAAUAACCAAGAGGAAUUCAAAUGAGGCAAUUUGUCCCAAAAAUGGAAAAAAAAAAACCCCACAAGCACAAUGAAAUUAGACACGGGUAAACAGUGACUCAGUCUUGCACAGGAGCAGCGUUAAACAUGUGUCCAUUCAACUUUCAGAGCAGUGCUUUCGGCUAUCAUUCUAAUCCUUAAUCCUCACAGACGUCUAACAUCCCGCACUUAAUCUAACUUCUUCAAGAGACCCUUAUGCUUCAACAGACCCUUAUCUGUUCUCGUCACUGGAUUCAUUUUACAUGGGCCCUUUAUGGUGGGUCAGUGCUGACUCCCAGCUGAUCCACUGCUAGUUCAGGUGGUCAGUACACUUAAUUGCCGUGUUCCACGUCAAUUACGGAAGAAAAAUUAGACCAAAGCAGUUUGUAGGGCCCCAGCUGUUAAAUAUACGUACAUUACUAUAUUGACUAAAACCAGCAAGGGUCUCACAGUCAUUUUUCUUGCAUUACAACAAUGCUCUUAUGGUAAAGCUGGUUUUCCCAAAUAUGAUUCAUUGCUUAACCAACAUUUUAAAAAUGUUUUAUGAGGAGCUUGCACCAUUCAGAGUUCAGACUGCAUGGAACGUUGCCAAAAUGUUAAACCCUAUGACCAGGGAGUUCAGAUAGCAACUCUUUCCAUGCUAUGAUUUGAGCAGGGAGGGGAGGUUACACUGCCAUGUCCUUGGUAUUUUCAUGAAGAACGGGAAAGGGAGGAUGAACACUCCGGAAUUCUCUGGCAGAGCUGCUGCACAAACAAGCGAUCGGAAUGACCUCAAAUACAACUUCUGCAAAUAAAUAAACAGAUCAAUGAACAAUAAAUAAAUAGAUUAGAAAAGGGCCAGUGAGCAGAGUAAGACAGAUCAAUCAGUGUCUCGUUCUGACUCCAGUGAUUCAUACGGUGUCAGUUCUCUUGACCAUGGACGUCAGAACAACGAAGCUCUUCACAAACAUGCUGCCAUUUUAAAAUAUUUAUUUAACUGAGAUCCAGCAUGACAGUAAGGACUGCAGUACCAAAAGGACUGUGUUCAGUUUAUCAUGAGCAUGAGUCACAUUAUCUGCCAAUUUACCAUCAACACGAGUCAUAUUAUCCGCCAGUUUACCAUCAACAGGAUUCAUAUUUUCUGCGAGUUGUGACAAAUUAAGUUGGUUUCUUUUGUUUUUCACACACUUAUGACGGUUGAGUUUUAGUCAACCUUUAAAGGAUAUUCACGCCUUUAUGUUUUGUUCAAUUCGUAAACGGUAGUUUUAGAAUUGCAGAAUAGGUGGAUCAAAAAUACCCAACCUUUAAGCUGUACGCCCUCCCCGCAGCAAUAAUCUGUCAAGGGGAACAUGUCAUUGAAUGCUUUAUGCUACACCAUUCCUCUGCCAUGAUAAAAUAAAUCUAUUUUGCCAAAA